UCCACCACCUCCGACCCUCUGUUCCUCCGACACUCCGUCCCUCCACCGGAGCUUCCUGGGUGCAUCCCUGAUGCUGACCACCCGGACCACCUGAUCCAGGACCGGACAAGACCGCCAGGACCCCCGAAAUGAAGACUCUUCGCGUCCGGCACAUCGGGGGACCCCACCUCACCGGGAGCCCAUGACUUCCAUUCUGAUCAGUUCGGCACCAACAACAUGCUGCCAUGAUGGAGGAGGGGCCCCCGAAGCUGGUGGACUAUUUCGCGGUGGCGGGUCUGACGCCGACCUCCAAGCCGCUGGAGGAUGAGAGCCGCCGCCCGGCACGCCCGCCGGAACCCAUCACCGACGUGGCCGUCAUCAUUCGCUCCCUGGGCGAGGACGUCCCUCAGGGCUACACCUGCAUCGAGCGGACCCCCGGGGGCCACAGCGCCGACCUCAGCACCAGCCUCCUCACUAACCAGCAGCAGUUCCUGUGCUACCGCCGGGGGAGGGACAAGAUGCCGAUCACGGAGCUGGGGGUCUACUAUGAGGGGAAGGAGGAGAAGAAGUCGGGACUGGAGAUCCUGGAGAACACGCCGUACAGCCGCUCCGCCAACCUGAGCUCCGGGGGGCCCGGGCAGCCCAAAGCCUUCCUAUUCGUCAAGAGGGUCCCCGAGUCCCUGGGGCUCAACACGCUGGGGGUGAUGGACAUCUGUAUUAUCAACCCCAGCAAAGGGGAGAGCACCCCCCACACCUUCUGUAAGGUGGACCGCAACCUCAACACCAGCAUGUUUGGCCCUGCCCUCUUUCUCUGCUACAAGAAGGCCAUGGCGAAGACGCACAGCUUGGUGUAUGAAGCAGGGGUGAUCUGCCGGUUCCCCGAGACGGACAACGAGCUCUUCCCGUUCCCAGAACUGGUCCCGAUGUUCUGCCUGCCCAUGGGGGCCACCAUUGAGAGCUGGUCACUGAACACCAAGUACCACCUACCGGUCUUCUCCACCUUCGUGCUGACCGGAGCGUCCGGGGACAAGUUGUACGGAGCCGCCAUCCAGUUCUAUGAGCAGUACCCGCGGGAGAAUCUGUCGGAGAAGCAGUGUCAGCGCCUGGGCCUGAUCAGCGUGGUGGACAGACGGCCCAUCGGCGGCAAAUCCAUCCAGACCAAGAGGAGCGUCUGCGUCCUUUCCCACUGGCCGUUCUUCGAUGUCUUCCAGAAGUUUCUGACUUUCAUCUAUCGCUAUUCCAUCUCCGGACCCCACGUCCUCCCCAUAGAGAAACACAUCUCCAACUUCAUGUUCAACGUCCCCUUCCCGUCCCCGCAGAGACCGCGCAUCCUCAUCCAGAUGUCUUCAUACGACAAUGUCCUGCUGUGCCAGCCCGUGUCUUCUCCCCUCCCCCUCAGUGGUGCGAGUUAUGUGACGUUGCUCCAGAAUCUGGGGCCGGAGAGCGCGGUGACGUUGCUCCUCGCCGUCCUCACGGAACAGAAGCUGCUCAUCCAUUCGCAGAGGCCGGACGUACUGACCAGCGUGGCGGAGGCUCUGGUGACGAUCAUCUUCCCUCUGCGCUGGCAGUGCCCCUACAUCCCUCUGUGCCCGCUCACCCUCUCCGAUGUGCUCUGCGCUCCCGUGCCGUUCAUCGUCGGCAUCCACUCCAGUUACUUCGACCUCCACGAUCCCCCUCAGGAUGUCCUGUGUGUGGACCUGGAUACCAACACCUUGUUCCAGAGUGAAGAGAAGAAGAUCCCGUCCUAUCAGACGUUGCCUCGCAAACCCUGCAAAGUCCUCCGCAACUGCCUGAGUGACCUCCACAAACAGCUAGACGAGAUGUACAACAAGCCCAUGGAGGAAGCUUCUCUGGAGUUCCUGCUGAAGGAUUACGAUCUGAUCUACGCCCGGCGGACGCAGCUGGAGCUGGACGUGAGAGCCUCGUUCCUUCGAUUCAUGGCCUGCCUCUUCAAAGGGUACCGAUCCUACCUCCUGCCCAUCACACAGGCGCCCUCCGAGCGAACGCGCGACUUCAGCAACCUCUUCAACGUGGAGGGGUUCAAGAAGUCGAAGGAGCGGGCUCACCAGAAGUUCUACUCGCAGAUGAUGAGGACUCAGAUGUUCACGCAGUUUAUUGAAGAUUGCUCCUUCGUGAAUGAGAGGAACGCGUCGCUGGAGUUUUUCGAUAAAUGCGUGGAGAAGGUGCAGGUAGACGGGGAGAAGAUGGAAGAUCUGCACCUUGUAGAGCUGGACGAGUCCCACCGCAGUGAACAUACCGUCUUUAUUAUGCCCGCCGAGGAGCCACUGGACCCCCAUGGCAUAGAGCCGCCAGCCCAGUACAAGUACGAAACCUUCCCGGUUCUCCAGAGAGACCUAUUUGAGCUUCCGCAAGAUCUGCUGCUGGCGCCCCCUAUCCAGUCAAAGACGAGCGCACCUAGCAGCCCCGCCCCUCGACGAACUAAGCAAGAGAUCAAGUCUGCCCAACGGGUGGCCCAGAUCUAUUCUUCCAUCCCGGAGAUGUGGGCCAAGUGUCUUCUGGGGCAUUGCUAUGGUUUGUGGUUCAUCUACCUGCCCACCUUCGUCAGAGCCACCACCUCCAAGGUGCGAGCUCUGCAGACCGCCUACGACGCUCUGAAACAGAUGGAGACGAAGAACGUGGUCCUCCCGGACGAGGUCUGUUACCGCAUCCUGAUGCAGCUGUGCGGUCAGUACGGGGAGCCGGUGUUGGCUGUCCGCGUGAUGCUGGAGAUGCGGAAGGCCGGGAUCGUCCCCAACGCCAUCACCUACGGUUACUAUAAUAAGGCUGUGCUGGAAAGCAAAUGGCCGUCCAGUAACCAGAGUGGGAGGCUGCGCUGGGCCAAACUGAGGAACGUGGUUCUGGGGGCCGCCCAGUUCCGUCAGCCGCUGCGGGAGAGGCAUCCCGGAUCUCAGUGCGAGGCGCUAAGCGAGGAACCGCCGGUCAGCGGCUCAAAAGAUCAAUGGAAGCUCAAAAGCGCCACCAUGGAGAUGUCUCCUCGGCUUCACCUUCUGCGCCAGACCACCUGGGCCGGGCACAAUAGCCGAACGGCUGAAGACGGCUCGGCGGGGAAGCUGGUCAAGAGUUGGAGCGUCAGUUGUACCGAGAGCGAGACCUGUAUGCUGGAAAUUGGAGUGGCGCGCAUGAUGGAGGAUCUGGAGGUGGAGGUGGACCCUACACAAUCGGACAUCAGCCCCUCGCUCCGAUCGUCCAGUAGGAGGAGCUGCGGGACGCCCCUCCUCCUCCAACCCUCGGAAAACGGGAGCUUGUCCAACGUGAGUUUCCUGACGGACGGGACGGUGACGUCGGAGGAGUCGGAACUCAUCAUGACCGGGAGUUCCUCGGAAGCUCUGGCCAGUCGGGGCCGCAGUGAGGACGAGGGAUCCGCCCACUCCAGGGACCCUUCCAGGAGGCGGAACCUGGCCGGAAAGAUCCAGCAGCUGCUCACGCCCUCCAGGAAGCCUUCCAGGUCCUCCAUCUUUAGGAAGGGCGGACAGUUGGGGGAGGCCCCGUCACCGUUGACGGAUCAUCGGCAGAGCCGGAGGAGCCAGAAAGAGAGUUCCAGAAGACCCGAGUCCAUCGCUUCUGAGAGUUCGGUGUCUCUUGGGAGUGAAGUGGAUCUCUCGGAUUUCGCCCUUCACAGAUCUACAGACCGGUUGGUCGAUGGAGGUCAGGAAUGUCCGGCUGUGGAGGUCUUGCUGUCCAGCUGCUCCGUCUGUCCCGCCUGCCACUCUCUGGUCUACGAUGAGGACAUCAUGGCCGCCUGGACCUCCGACGACUCCAACCUGAAGACCAUCUGCUCCUUCUGCGGGCAGCACUUCGUCCCGUUCCUCAACGUGAAGAUCACCGACCUGCACAGGCAGCGGAGUUCCUCUGAUGGUUCCUCUGAGGUCUCCACCGAUGGCGGGUCAGCGAGCCGCGGACCGGUUCUAAGCGACCGCUACCAGUGUCUGGUCCUAGACGAGGCGGAGACCAGCGGGCAUUGUAACGGGUUCCCCAGCGUCCAGCAGGGGUCCGGCGGGGCGGAGUCGGAGAUGGUGACGGUGGCGUAUCUCUGCCCCCUGGUGCUACGGAAGGAAGUGGAGAGCCUGCUGGAGAACGAAGGGAGCGACUUCCUGUGCCAGGCGGAGCUUGUCAACAGCCACCCAAUCAUCUACUGGAACCUGGUGUGGUACUUCCAGCGCCUGGCGCUGCCCAGCAACCUCCCGCACCUCAUCCUGGCGUCCAAACACGUCCAGCAGCCCUCGCAGGUCCCGGAGAGCCCCCAUGUCGGCGUUCGGCUGUUAUGGGACGUCCUGGUGCAGGACCCGGACCGCUGGCCCCCGAUGUACGUCCUCUGGAAGCUGCACAGGAAUCUCCCCACCCACAUCCACGGCUGGCGCUCCCACUCCCACCCCUUCACCCUGGAGUUCCUGGAGAAGGUCCUCAACUUCAUCGGUCUCUUCGAGGUCCAUAAAGCCAUUUCCCUGAUCCUCUCCGUCCUCCAGGAGCAGAACUCUCCCCCGCAGGUCCUGCAGAGGGGGAUCUACAGGGAGAUGUUGCUUCUCACACUGGCUGCUCUGGGGAGGGAACACAUGGAUAUAGCCGCGUUUGACAGCAAGUACAAGACGGCGUGCAAGAAGCUGGGAAACUCAUUGGGCAAAGAGGAGCUGCGCAAGAGGCGGGCCCUGCUCCCCGGGGCCAAAGCCCUGGACUGUCGCAAGACGUUUGGUGCAACACUGGAAUGCUAGGCCCCGCCUCCAUCGCUCGCUGUUUUAAAAGUGCAAUAUAUGAGGGGAAAAAAAGGAGGGGGAGGGGUUUCCGUUCUCAUCAAAGACUGGAUGAGGCGAACAAAUUGGAGACCCCGCCCUCACGACGCAAAAAGGGAGGAGCAGAGUGCAGACAGAAAGACGCGGCGUGAGGACAAGCUCCACGAACAUCCCACACCGGCCUCUAGUCAUCGCUGUCCGCCCACUCACAGGCCAGGAGACACGCCCCCUAGGAUCCGAAGACGCCAUUAUGAAUCACAAAACCAGCGCAUCUCGCCAAACCGGCAUCAGUCGGAUACGCAGCUCCAGGAUUGGGGGGCGUCCAACCAGAAUUCUCUGUCCAGUCCUUCUAACGUUUUUUUUUUUUUUUAAUGCUGCAUUGAAACUGUAAGGGAGGUGGGUCUUAAGGGUUCAUGUUACUUUGAGAAUCCUAAAGUGUUCCGCGGGGGCGGGCCAAGAGGCCAAUGGAAUUUUCGAUCUUUAGUAUUAAGAGGUCAAGACGAGCGUUUUAGGUUUGCGGUGCAUGUAACAUUUUUUAAUGCUGCAGUGAAACUGGUAAGGGCGGAGCUUUAGGGUUCACUUUACUUAUGCCGAGAAAAACAGUGUCCCGCAGGGGCGGGGCAAGAUGCCAAAGGAAUUUUUUUUUUUUGUUUUCUUUUAGUAUUAAGAGGCCAAGAUGAGCAAUUGGGAACACACUGCUUCUAAACAUAUUUUUAAUGCUGUGAUGAAACUUUGAGGGCGGAGCUUUAGGGUUCAUUUUACUUCUGCAGAGAACCCCAAAAUCGUUCCGUGGGGGCGGGGCAAGAUGCCAAAGGAAUUUUAUUUUAUUAUUUUUUCAGUAUUAAGAGGCCAAGGUGAGCGAUCAUAAUAACAGUGUGCUGAUUAAAGGAGUGUUUUGUCCAAUGAGGUUUGAAAUGCGGGGCUGCUAGGUCUUUUCCGAAAAUACUGCUUGCCUGGCAGUGUGUGGGUGUGGAAAAAGGAAAAAAUGGUACUACAGCGCUACUACUUAAAUCAUAAAAAAUAAAAAAAAAAGAGGUGUGGGUGUGGCCUAGCAUGUCACUGACCUGGCAAAAACAUGCAGCAAGUAAAAAAAAAAUACUGGGUCCUUGACUCGAAGCUGAAGCGUGUGCAGGACAGCCAGGCAGCUGGCAUUUUCAGUGAGAUGGAGAUUAGCAGCCUACAUUAUCUUCCAAUAACAGACUUCCUAAAAGGUUACAAUCUCCCUUAAGGUUCGUGUUGACAUGCUAUCACUUAUGCUAAAACAGCCCUAUUUUCUUUUGAUGUUUCUCCUCAUGGGUGGGGCCUGACCAUGUCAUGGAUUAUGAGAAGUUGGGGAACAUUGACAACUGCUAAGUUUAUAUUGUGGCUACUGGUCACUGGUCUCUGACCUCCCACCCACCAGUAGUUCACCGCUUGGUUUUCAUGCCUUUUGCUUAUGCUAAAAGAGCCCUGCCUACUGUUAAUUAUUCUCCUCAUGGGUGGGGCCUGACAUGUCAUGGAUUAUGAGACCUAUCCCUGGGUUUACUAAGUAAAGAUGCAGCUAGCUACGGUUCUCCAAUCUCCUACCCACUGGUAGUUACGCUUUGAUAGCAGCUUGGUUUUAAUACUUUUAAUUAUGCUAAAUGAGCCUCACUUCCAUUUAAUGAUACUCCUCGUGGGUGGGGCUUGACAUGUCCUCAUUUACGAGAGCCACCUCUUGGCAAACAUUGACAGCUGCUAAGCCGUAAAAAAUCUGUUUAUGUGGCAGUUUUAACCGGUAGUUCACCACUUUGCUCAUGAUAAUAGAGCCCUGCCUACAGUUUAUUAUUUUCUUCAGGGGUGGGGCCUGACAUUUCAUCGAUAUUGGGAUCCACCCCUGGGGAAUUUUAACAGGGGCUGUAAAUAUGCAGCUAGCUUUGGGUCUCUGAUGUCCCACCCAUCACUAGUUUAUCUCUGGCAGCAGUUUGGCUUGAAUGCCUUUUUACUUUUGCUAAAUGAGCCCACCUCCAUUUAUUGAUACUCCUAGUGGGUGGGGCUUGCUAUGUCAUUGAUUAUGAGAUAUACUUCUUGGGAAAUAGGACAGCUCCUAAGCAGUAAAGAUGUAGCUUCCAUUGUGUCUUCUAGUUACUGUUUUUUGACCUACCGCCUGCCAGUAGCUUGGUUUUCAUCCUAUCCCAUAUGCUAAAAAAAGCCCCACCUCCCAUUUUAUUCUCCUCAUGGGAGGGGUCUGACAUGUCAUAGAUUAUGAGAUUCAUCUCUGGGGAACAUCAGUUGCUAAGCAGUAAAAAAACGUGGUUGGUGGUAAUUCACUGCUGGCCAGGGCUUGGUUUCCACACCUUAUUAAAUUAUGCUAAAUGAGCCCCACCUACAGUUAUUAUUCUCCUCGUGGGUGGGGCCUGACAUAGGUUAUAAGAUACAACCCUGGGGAACAUCUUCUAAGCGAUAAAUAUGCAGCUAGUUAUUGGUCUCUGACUUUCCACCCACCGGGAGUUCAGCUCUGGCAUCAGUUUAGUUUUAAUGCCUUUACUUCUGCUAAAUGAGUCCCACCUCUUUUAAUGAUAUUCCCCAUGGGUGGGGCUUGACAUUUCAUUGGUCCUCCUCUUGAGAAACAUUGACAGCUGCUAACCAAUAAAGAUGCAGCUUUCAUCGUGUCUGCUAGUUGCUGCUGUCUGACCUUCCACCUUGCCAGUAGCUUGAUUUUCAUCCUAACACUUAUGCUGAAAGAGCCCACCUCCAUUUUAAUGAUGCUCCUCAUGGGUGGGGCUUGCUAUUUCAUUGAUUGAGAAUAACCUCUUGGGAAACAGGACAGCUCCUAAGCAGUUAAGAUGUAGCUUCCAUUGUGUCUUCUAGUUACUGUUUUUUGACCUCCCGCCUGCUAGGAGCUUGGUUUUAAUCCUAUCCCAUAUGCUAAAACAGCCCCACCUCCAUUUAAUGAUUCUCCUCAUGAAAGGGGUCUGACAUGGUCAUGGAUUAGAAGAUCCACCCCUGGGGAACAAUGACAGCUGCUAAGCAAUAACGAUGCAGCUAGCUACGGGUCUCUGAUCUCCCACCCCGCCGGUAGUUCAGCUCUGGCAGCUGUGUGGUGUUUAAUGCCUUUACUUAUGCUAAAUUGGCUCCACCUCCAUUUAAAGAUACUCCUCAUGGGUGGAGCUUGAUAUGUAAUCGAUUUAUGAAAUCCACCCCUUGGGAAACAUUAACAUCCGCUAAGCAGUAAAAGACGAAACUUUCAUUGUUUCUGCUAAGUUUCUGGUCUCUGACCUUCUUCUGAGCUUGGUUUUCAUCCUAUCACAUAUGCUAAAAGAGCCCCACCUCCAUUUAAUUAUACUCCUCAUGGGUGGGGCCUAAAAUGUAAUGGAUUAUGAGCUCCACCCCUGGGGACCAUUGACAGUUGCUAAGCAAUAAAGAUGCAGCUAGAUCUGGGUCUCUGAUCUCCCACCCGCCGGUAGUUCAGCUCUGGCAGCUGCAUAGUUUUAAUGCCUUUUACUUUUGCUAAAUUAACUCCACCUCCAUUUUAAUGAUACUCCUCAUGGGUGGGGCAUGAUAUGUCAUUGAUUUUAUGAAAUCCACCCCUUGGAAAACAUUAACAGCUGCUAAGCAGUAAAAGACACGGCUUUCAUUGUUUCUGCUAAGUUUCUGGUCUCUAACCUUCUGAGCUUGGUUUUCAUCCUAUCGCAUAUGCUAAAAGAGCCACACCUCCAUUUUUAUUGAUACUCCUCAUGGGUGGGGCAUGAUAGGUCAUUGAUUUUAUGAAAUCCACCCCUUGGGAAAAAUUGACAACCGCUAAGCAGUAAAAGAGACAGCUUUCAUUGUUUCUGCUAAGUUUCUGGUCUCUGAGCUUCAUUUUCAUCCUAUCACAUAUGCUAAAAGAGCCCCACCUCCAUUUUUAUUGAUACUCCUCAUGGGUGGGGCAUGAUAGGCCAUUGAUUUUAUGAAAUCCACCCCUGGGAAACAUUGACCGCUGCUAAGAAGUUGCUUCAUUGUUUCUGCUAAGUUGCUGGUCUCUGACCUUCCACCGGCCAGUAGCUUGGUCCUAUCCUAUCACAUAUGCUAAAAGAGAGAUUCCUCAUGGGUGGGGCAUGUCAUAGAUUAUGAGAUCCGCCUCCAGGGAACAUUGAUAGCUGCUAAGAAGUUGCUUCAUCAUUUCGGCUAAGUUGCUGGUCUCUGACCUUCCACCGGCCAGUAGCUUGGUCCUAUCACAUAUGCUAAAAGAGAGAGUCCUCAUGGGUGGGGCAUGUCAUAGAUUAUGAGAUCCGCCUCCAGGGAACACUGAUAGCUGCUAAACAGUAAAGUUUAUAUUUAUACUGCUAGUUACUGACCUGGAAUUGGCUUCAGGAGGGGGGGGGGGCGGAGCUAACUGUGGACAGCAUAUGGCUGCAGAUAACAAUAAUGAAUAGGUCGCAGACACAUCAUGCAGUCACAUUGGCUCCUCCUACAUUUAAAAAUGGCUUCCCCCCCCUACACCAAAAAAAAACAAACCUUUUAAUCCGCUGACAGGAAUAGAUCGCUCGAACCAAGGAUCGGUCUUCCAAAGAUGGCCGCCGCGCUUACCUCUGCCAAAGCCGCACCAUUUCGUGUCCCCUGGGGGUCACUCCAGAGGGAGGUCACACCCACGGGCCUUCUUAUUCCUCUUCGGGUUCCCAGCUCCGCCCACCUGGCAGACUCUUAAAGGGGAGACCCCCCCCCCAGAGCUGGAUAUCCGGAGAGACAUAAGCGCCCGGUGAAGGUUUCCACCUGUAAGCGACCCUCAAAUUAUUAUAUUUUUUAUCUGGUUUCGGGGCGUCUUUGCGCUGCGUUUCGCUUUUACGUCGUCAGUAUUAACAGAUUUGUAUAUUUGUUUUUCAUUAUUUAUUUAAUGUAUGUGGGAGGUCUCGUCCGUCGGGGGAGGGGGGGUGCCGCGCCGUUCCAGUAAAUGAGACGUCAUCGCGUCUGCUGUUCAGUAUUACUCGGGGGGGAUUGGGAGGGGCUAGCUACAGAAACGCCCCUCCUCUCCCCCCUAUUUUUUUUUAUAGUGGGAUCUUCCAAAGUUAGCCACGCCCCUUUUCAAUCUGGUUGUUUACAAUCUCUGUGUUGUCCUGUGAGACCCCGCCUCUGUUUUAUUUUCUAUCCAAUCUAGGGGGGGGGGCCUUCGGAGAUCGUCCAAUCAGAUUGAGACGCGUGCGGUCGGCUCCGUCACGUGAGACUGUGAGAUGGGGGAGGGAGGGGGGAGGAGCUCCGCCCAUAAGUAGCAUCUUUUUGUACAGAUUUUUUUUAUUGGCUCCGGACAUCAAUCUCAUGUUUACGUCUCGUUUACGCGUUUCGCAGAUUUUACCCUCCUUCCGUCAUAAAGGAUCUUCUGUGUCCCGGGCGCCUUCCCUUCCCCCGUAGUGUUCAGUAUUAUGUCGGGGCGGGGGAGGGGGGAGCUUUUUAUGUGUCAGACGUUUGCUGGAAAUAAAAAGUAUUUGCUUCA